GCAGUACCCGCUCUUCUGCUGCCUCCUCCUGGGGCUGGGCGCCGCCACCCUCCUCCUCAACCGGUAUCUUCACGUUUUAAUGAUCUUCUGGUCCUUUGUGGCUGGUGUCGUCACCUUCUACUGUUCAUUGGGGCCGGAUUCCCUCUUGCCCAAUAUUCUCUUUACCGUAAAAUACAAACCCAAGCAACUAGAAUUGCCGGAGCUAUUUCCCCAUGGUCACAGCUGUGCUGUAUGUGGCAAGGUCAAAUGCAAGAGGCACAGACCUACUUUGCUUCUGGAAAACUAUCAGCCAUGGCUGGAUCUGAAAGUGCCUUCCAAGGUUGAUGCAUCACUCUCAGAGGUACUUGAGUUGGUGCUGGAAAACUUCAUUUAUCCAUGGUACAGAAAUAUUACUGACGAUGAAUCCUCAGUGGAUGAACUGAGAGGCACACUGCGGUUUUUCGCAUCUGUAUUAGUUCGGAGAAUUCACAAGGUGGAUAUUCCAACUCUUGUAACAAAGAAAAUGCUCAAGGCGGCAAUGAAACACAUUGAAGUGAUAGCCAAGGCCAGGCAGAAAGUAAAAAAUGCAGAAUUUUUACAGCAAGCUGCUUUAGAAGAAUAUGGACCAGAACUCCAUGUUGCUUUGAGAAGCCGAAGAGAUGAACUUCACUACUUAAGAAAACUUACUGAACUUCUUUUUCCUUAUAUUUUGCCUCCAAAGUCAACAGAGUGCAGAUCCCUGGCUCUUUUGAUAAGAGAGAUUCUGCCUGGUUCUGUUUUCCUUCCCUCAAUGGAUUUCCUAGCUGAUCCUGACACUGUCAACCAUUUGCUGCUGAUCUUCAUUGAUGAUAGUCCCCCUGAGAAAGCAACUGAACCUACCUCUUCAUUGGUUCCAUUCCUUCAGAAAUUUGCAGAGCCAAGAAAUAAAAAACCGUCUGUCCUGAAACUGGAGCUAAAGGAGAUCAGAGAUCAGCAAGACCUUUUAUUUCGGUUUAUGAACUUCCUGAAACAGGAAGGGGCAGUCCAUGUGCUGCAGUUCUGCCUGACUGUAGAGGAAUUCAAUGACCGAAUUUUGCGACCAGAACUAUCAGAUACUGAAAAGAUGUCUCUUCAUGAGGAAGUACAGAAAAUUUACAAAACUUAUUGUUUAGAUGAAAGCAUUGACAAAAUUAGAUUUGACCCUUUCAUUGUGGAAGAGAUUCAAAGAAUUGCUGAAGGUCCAUAUAUGGACGUUGUGAAACUUCAAACGAUGAGGUGUCUUUUUGAAGCUUAUGAGCAUGUACUUUCUCUACUUGAGAACGUUUUUACUCCUAUGUUCUGUCACAGUGAUGAGUACUUCAGACAUCUUUUGAGAGGAGCAGAGUCACCAACACGCAAUUCAAAGUUUAACAGAAGUAGCCUGAGUUUGGAUGACUUCCGGACCACACAGAAGAGAGGAGAAUCGUUUGGAAUCAGCAGAAUAGGCAACAAAAUAAAAGGUGUAUUUAAGAGCUCUGCAAUGGAAGGAGCUAUGUUGCCUAACUAUAACUUAAAUGAAGAAGAUGACUUUAUUGAAGAAGGCGUUAUGGUGAUGGAAGAUGAUUCUCCUGAGGAGGCUGUUAGUACCCCAAAUACACCCCGCAACCUUGCCGCAUGGAAAAUUAGCAUCCCAUAUGUAGAUUUUUUUGACGAUCCCUCCUUGGAAAGAAAAGACAGAAAGGAGAGAAUUCCUGUGUUCUGCAUUGAUGUAGAGAGAAAUGAUAGAAGGGCAGUUGGGCAUGAACCUGAACACUGGUCUGUCUACAGGCGGUAUCUUGAAUUUUAUGUGCUUGAGUCGAAGCUAACAGAAUUUCAUGGUACAUUUCCUGAUGCUCAGCUUCCCUCAAAGAGAAUCAUUGGCCCCAAGAAUUACGAGUUCUUAAAAUCCAAGAGAGAGGAGUUUCAGGAGUAUCUGCAGAAACUUCUGCAACAUCCAGAACUAAGUAACAGCCAGCUUUUAGCUGACUUCCUGUCGCCUAAUGGAGGAGAGACUCAGUUUCUUGAUAAAAUGUUGCCUGAUGUGAAUCUUGGUAAAAUUAUAAAAUCUGUUCCAGGAAAGCUGAUGAAAGAGAAAGGUCAGCAUUUGGAACCGUUCAUCAUGAAUUUUAUCAACUCCUGUGAAUCUCCCAAGCCUAAACCAAGUAGGCCUGAACUUACCAUUUUGAGUCCCACUUCUGAAAAUAACAAGAAGCUUUUCAAUGAUUUAUUCAAGAAUAAUGCAAACCGGUCUGAGAAUACAGAAAGACGACAAAAUCAGAACUACUUCAUGGAAAUGAUGACUGUAGAAGGAGUCUAUGACUACUUAAUGUAUGUUGGUAGGGUAGUUUUCCACAUUCCUGACUGGCUGCAUCACCUCUUGAUGGGAGGAAGAAUUCUCUUCAAAAAUACAUUGGAACUGUACACUGACUACUACUUGCAUUAUAAGUUAGAACAGCUAUUUCAGGAGCACCGGUUGGUUUCUCUGAUAACACUGCUGAGAGAUGCCGUGUUCUGUGAGAAUACCGAACCUCGCGCUCUCCAGGAUAAACAGAAGCGAGCAAAGCAGACUUUUGAAGAGAUGAUGAGAUACAUUCCAGAUUUAAUAGGCAAGUGCAUUGGGGAAGAGGCUAAAUACGAAGGCAUCAGGCUUCUGUUUGAUGGGCUGCAGCAACCAGUGCUCAACAAACAGUUAACUUAUGUUCUGCUGGACAUUGGGAUUCAAGAACUCUUUCCAGAGCUGAGUAAGGGUCCGAAGGAAGCUAGCUCUGUGUCAUGUUGGAUGUGAGCGCAGGGAUCUUGCUGGACACCCGCUGUUAUCGGAGAAAGUCAAAUUAAUUUCCCCAGAAUCUCUGCGCCUGAGAUUACAGGAUGACAUGAAAUAAGACAGCUGGGAGACCAGCCAAGGUAUGCUUUGCUAAAAGAGCAAUUACUGUUCUCUUCCUUAAAGGAUAUAUAGAAAAAUUGUUUGGAAGAAGUUGUAGAAUGCUCCCAUGAAGUUAUUUUUAACUAUCUUAACAAAUAUUACUAUUUUUUUUAAAGAAAAUUACGUGAUUGAAUCCAUUGCAUACAAAUGAUCUCAGAACUAUUUUUGGCCUUCGUGCUUUCUGUGAGCAUGGAAAAUCUUGUGUAAUUUAGUUUAUUUAAUAUCUGACCUUCAAAUCUGAAGCACUCUUAAAAUAAUAAUGGUGUGAAAAGUGGUUUUGACUUUUACCUUAGCCUUUAAUUUUCGUAUCUGGGUUUGUCAGUUUUUUUCUGACAUCCUAUUUACAGGCUUAGAAAAGAGGAUGCGAGUAUGUUCAUAGCAUUUUCUAAAAAUUUAUUAGUAUAAAAAUGUGUGGAAGACUUUUCCUGUAAAUCUUAAUUUGUUGGCCCAGCCUUUAUAAAAGAGACUUUGAAAAGGAUUUUUAACAGGUUUUACUCACAGAACAAUACAGAGAUAUUUUAACAAGAAUUCCUUGGCUUCUCUUUUCGGACAACACCCAUUUUCUCCUUUUACAAGCAAACCAAUCCAAUGCAGUAUUCGUGUUCUCUGUCGAUACAGUCGGCAUUAUAUCUGUAUUACUUCUGCGUACGUUUUCCUUCCGUUUGUCAAAAGAAGGGAAAAGUGUUAUUUCUCUCUGAGUAUGCCGAAGGAGAUGUCGCAACUCUUAAAAACUGGCAUGCAGGUACAGCUCGGUGCGUAAGUGCACUCUCUGUUACUGGCUUUAUGCUGAUUGGGGGAAGACCAUUCUGUAAAAUAGUAAGUUUAGGGGCUGGUAUUGACAACUCAUCAAUGCCGUCUUACAACUAGGAGUGUGUCAUGGUCGGUUGUUGUUUGUCUCCCUGUUCUAACACAGCUCACCCAAUGCAGCUGCAUAGUCCAGAUCUUUUCCUGUGCAACCCUCAAAUUUACGUGGAAACUACUCAGGUCUUGAAAUUUAAACACACUGAAUGUUUAUCUUAAUGCACUUCCUUGAAAUCUGUAGGUGCAGUGAAUUUAAAGGGCGAGUAGCUUGGGUCUGAAAAAGACUAGCGUGCUUUCCAGAAAAACAAAGCAGGUUUAUUCAAAACACUGCGAAUCAGUUUAAUAAAGCAGUAAACACGGAAACAUGUUGAUGUAAAAAUUCCCAAUACGAACAAUUCUAGAAAAAUAAUCAUCAUUUGCACUUAUUUAUAAGCAAUCACUUCUUGAUAAAAGUGUCAGAAAUGUAGUCUUAGCCCAUUUCUGAUUCCAUACUCAUCAGCCUAUCUCUUACAACUGUGUAGUUCUUUAAAUGCAGCCUUCCCUUAACAGGAGAUGGGCUUUUGAGUUACGAUCACAAUUACGAUAAAGCCAGGUUGUGCUGUAAAAAGCCCCAUUACUGGGCAACUUCCAAAGGUUGCUGCAGUGCCACAGGAGUCAAUGGCGCGUAUCCAGCGUUCUCGCUGGAUGUUGCUGAUAGAGAGGAAUGGUCAGGAGUCUUCAGUCUUUGGUAAAAGGUGUAAAAUUGAGCAUGUUGAUAAUGAAACAUAAUCGUAGAUUGCGAUACAGUCCCUAAACCGGUCAUCUUAGAUAGUGAAGUGUGUGUAUAUAUACUUGAUUUUGUUAAAACUUAUCAAAAUCAAAUCAAGCUUUCAUUGCAUCCUUUAUUAAUAGAAAACAAGAUGCUGCAUCUUCAAAAGUAAAAUGGAAAAAUCUUUUUUUUAAUUGAAUGUAAAUGGACCUCACGCUUUCAAUGACGCAGAGUUUAAUCCAGCUCUUUCAGGCAUUGGUGUUAGGUAUGAUAAAUAUGACUGGAAGCAAAGUAGAAUUAUUAGAUUGAAAGCUUUAACCCUGACUGUAGAUCAAAGGAAGGUAUAUAUAUCUUUAAUAAAUCUACUUGUAGAAGCUUGUUUACAUUACUGGAAUCAGAUCCUUAAUCAACUCACUAUCUAAAGCAGCUAAAAGAAUAUGAAAAA